AUGGCCUCCAGCAAGGCCCCCCGCCCCCGCGCCGAGGCCUCUGCUCCGGCGACGUCGGUGGCCGUGGCGGCGGCGAGGGCCCAGGACGCGCACCCGCUGCGCCGCUCCGCCGCAUUCCCGCCGCGCCGCACGCACCACGCCCACAGCCACAGCCACCCGCCCCCGCACGCCCACGCCCACGCGCCGCAGCGCUGCGACAGCGAGCGGAUCGGCGGCAGGGCCAGCAGGCAGACCCGCUGCGGCGAGGUGGCCGGCGGCACGGCCGCCGGAUGCGCCGCCGUGUGCUGCUGCUUCCCGUGCGUCAUGGUCGAGGUCGUCGUGCUCGCCACGGUGCGCGCCCCCGCCGCGCUCUGCCGGCGCGCGGUCAAGGCGAGCCGGCGCCGGCGGUCGGCGUCGGCGGGGCAGGCGUCCGACAUGUACGAGCUCCUCGUGGACGACGGCACCGUGUCCGGACCCCGCGACGCGGCGGUGGUCUGGCCGGCGGUGCAGCCGUCGGACGAGGCCGGGGAGAUGGAGAAGGAGGUGUGGGCGAGCUUCUACGGCGCCGGCUUCUGGAGGAGCCCGUCCCAGCUCGGCGACGAGAUCAGAUGA